CACAAAGCACAUGGUGCAUGGCUAACCACUGUGGGAACAAACAAGGGGAGGGUCAAAGGCAGGGGCGUUUGCAGCCUCCAGAAAUAUUCUCGGAAAUUGGAAUGUACACAGCGGUCUCAUGGCAAGCUCCUAAUACCUCCUAAUGAACCUUUCUCUUUACCCACGCCUGUCGGCCAUUGCCUUUAUUUCUUGAGAACGACACCUGCGGGAGAUGUUUUUGGCCUUAAUGCUGAUGAACUGUGACUGAUUCUGUCCAGACACAUUGGAAUGUGAGUGAUAAGAACGGACUGAGUUGAGAAUGGCCUGUUCAUCACUUGAGAUCUUUCCAUUCAAGGAUCAGGAGCUUCCAGCCCACCUGCUGUGCCAGCUGAACCUCCUCAGACUGGAGCGCAUCUUCACUGACGUGCUCCUGUGCACGGAGGACAAAGAGAUUCCCUGUCAUAGGAACGUGCUGGUGUCCAGCAGCCCGUACUUCCGUGCCAUGUUCUGCAGUAACUUCCGUGAGAGCAGCCAGGCCCGAGUGGACCUAAAGGGCAUCAGCUCUGAGGUGCUAGCAGGGAUUGUGGACUACGUCUACACAGGAAGCAUCACCAUAACAAUGGAGCUGGUGCUGCCUCUGAUGCAGGCCGCUUCCAUGCUGCAGUAUGUGAGGCUCUUCGAGGCUUGCUCAGCCUUUCUGCAGGAGCAGCUGAACCCUGACAACUGCCUGAGCAUGAUUCGUUUGUCAGAGAUCCUGCACUGCGAUAGCUUGAGGGACAGGGCCAAGGAGAUGGCCGUGCGUUGCUUCUCAGAUGUAGCUGCCUCUGAGGACUUCUGUGAGCUUUCCCUGCCCGAGCUUAUGUGUUAUCUGGAGGAUGACAGGCUUUGUGCAGAGGAAGAGCAAGUGUUUGAGACUCUUCUGGCCUGGAUCCACCAUGACCCUUUUUCUCGACGAGGUGCCAUUCAUGACCUCUUCAAGAAGGUGCGCUUGCGUUACAUCCACCCUACAUAUCUCUUCCAGUUCAUAGCCAAUGACCCACUUGUCCAGUCCUCCACGCUCUGCACUGAGAUCAUUGAGUCCGUGCGGCGUCUAAUGUUUUCGGUUAGUGCCAAAUGUACCCGUGAGCUGAAGCCCCUGUGGACCACGCCUCGCCGCUACACCUGCCGAGAGACUUUAGUGGUAGUCGGGGGCCGCAAGAACAACGAGCAGACUUCCAGAGAGGCGCUGCUCUAUGAUGAACGCACCCAACGCUGGCAGUGGCUGGCCAAGCUGCCCCUACGUCUGUACAAGGCCGCUUAUGUCUGUAUACACAGCAUUCUGUAUGUGGUUGGAGGCCUCAGUCUCAGCCUGGCAUCUGGAGACAGUGCAGUUAGCGCAACUGUCUAUACUCUGUCAUUGAAGACUAACCAGUGGAGGACGGCUGAGCCCAUGCUGGAGCCACGUUACGCCCAUCAGAGCGUGUCCUACCUGCACUUCAUCUUCGCUCUGGGAGGAAUAGGAGCUGACAAACAGAUAUCAAACACAGUGGAGCGCUACAACAGCAUGUUCAACCAGUGGGAGGCCAUGGCCCCUAUGCCCACAGCGGUCCUACAUCCUGCUGUGGCUGCCAAUGACCAGAGGAUCUAUGUAUUUGGAGGGGAGGAUUCCAUGCAGAAUCCAGUGAGAUUAAUACAGGUUUAUCACAUCUCACGAAACCAGUGGUCUAGACUGGAGACAAGGACAGUGAAGAAUGUCUGUGCACCUGCUGCUGUCAUAGAAGACAAGAUUUACAUCAUUGGAGGGUACACAAGAAGAGUGAUCGCCUAUGACACCAAAGCCAACAAGUUUGUGAAAUGUGAGAACAUGAGGGAGAGGAGGAUGCACCACUCAGCUACUGUCAUCAACAACAAGGUCUACGUGACUGGGGGCCGCUUUCUCAACAGCCACGACAUCAUAGAAGACUCUGACUGCUUCGAGUGUUAUGACCCUAAAGCGGACGUAUGGACAUCUAAAGGUUCUUUGCCGUACAAGCUGUUUGACCAUGGCUCACUGGCCCUCAUCUGUGUCUCCAACCGCCCAAACCCACCAUGA